AUGAGAGACAAAAAACAAACAAAAAAAAAAAAAUCUUUUUUUUUCGCCACGCACACUACCAUGUCGCAACAACCACAUUUACGUCUCGGAUCUACCGCACCUGAUUUCAAAGCUGAUACAACUAACGGGCCUAUUCUGUUUCACGAAUACAUUGGUGAUAGCUGGGCUAUCUUGUUCUCACAUCCCGCUGCCCACACCAGUGUGUGUAGCACCGAGCUUUCUGCGUUCGCACGACUCGAACCGGAGUUCACGAAGAGAGGGGUGAAAUUGCUUGCAAUUUCAGCCGACCCUGUUGAAGCAAAUUCCGACUGGAUUGAUGAUAUGGAAGAUUUUAGCGGAUCCAGGGUCAAAUUUCCAAUUAUCGCAGACCCUGAGAGAAAAGUUGCUACCUUGUACGACAUGAUCGAUCACCAAGAUGCCACCAAUCUCGAUGACAAAGGGCUUCAAUUGACAAUUCGUGCAGUGUUUAUCAUUGAUCCAAGUAAGAAAAUCAGAUUGAUCAUGACCUACCCUGCCUCGACCGGUAGAAACACCGCUGAAGUAUUGAGAGUACUCGACUCAUUACAGCUUGUUGAUAAACAAAAGGUUAUCACUCCAAUCAAUUGGGUUCCAGGUGACGAUGUUCUUGUCCAUAUGGGUGUCCCAGAUGAUGAGGCAAGAGUUUUGUUUCCUAAAUAUAGGGCUAUAAAGCCAUAUAUUAGAUUGACUCCGUUGGAAAAGGAAGACAAGUAA